UCGCUACUACGCUUCAUCAGAUAGCGCCACGGGCUCAUGUGAAGUGGAGCUUGUUGUGCUGGCUAGGGAGCUCAUGUGGCGCCGUUGAAGUGGCCAAAACCGCGGUUUGUGAUUCGUGAAGACAUGUUGGGCUGGUUAGUGACGGUUCCUCUAAUGUUGAUCAGAUGGCUCAUUUCACCUGUGAUUUUGGCUGUGCUCGUCCUCCUGAUGACCUGGAUCUAUUACAUCCUGACGAAGAACUUUGACUUCUGGAAGUCACGCGGGGUGAGUGGACCAAAGCCACGUUUUCCCUGGGGUACCGAAUUCGGAUCGCCGUUCUGGACUUCUCCGAUCGAGCUCGAUGCCUGGGUAUACAGCCAGCAUGGCGGAAGGAAGUUUUGUGGUUAUUUUGAGUUUAAUCGCCCGGUUCUGUUUGUCGGAGACCUGGAACUAAUCCGUUACAUCACCAUCAAGGACUUUGAGUACUUUACUGAUCGGCGUGAUCAAGGUUUCUUCGAGAAUCUGAAAGACGCUGUCUCCGUUUUGAAAGGAGCCCAUUGGAAGGAGACUCGUUCCGUCAUGUCAUCGUCCUUCUCGACAAGCAAGCUGAAGGCGAUGUAUCAGCUGGCGCUGGGCAACGCCAAGAAUCUGACGCAUUACGUCCUCCUGGACAUGGAAAAGAAGGGGGAGGUUGACAUGAAGGACAUGUUUGGACGCUUCACUAUGGACAACAUCGCCUCGUGUGCUUUUGGAGUCAACUGCAAUUCCUUUACAGAUCCCAACAGCACCUUUGCCACCAACGCUGCAAAGUUAUUCAGCACUGAACGUGCCGCCAUCAUGCGUCUGAUCAACGAUCUCGCUCUACCGGAAUGUAUCAAGAGCCGCCUUCCCGACCCGCUGGCUGAGCCUUCUCAGUUCUUCGCCGAUGUCGUCACCAGGACCAUACGCAGUCGCGAUAACUCCACACAUUCCGCCCCAGACUUUUUGCAGCUCCUGAUGGACACCAAGGACAAAGAAGGUAACCGCGUCCUUUCUACCAGCAGCAUCAUCUCUCAGUCUGUGCUGUUCCUGUUUGUCGGCUACGACACGACAGCCAGCCUGCUGACGUUCGCCGGCUACUGUCUCGCCACUCACCCGGAGGUCCAGGAGCGUGUCCAAGAGGAGGUGGACGCGGCACUCUCCAGGCACGGAGACCUCACCUACGCCGCCCUCCAGGAGAUGUCCUACCUGGACCGGGUGAUGUCGGAGACACUGAGGCUCUACCCGCCGGCUACUCGGCUGGAGCGUGAGUCCACCAAGGAGUACACGCUGCCCGGCACAGACGUUCACCUUCCCAUCGGCACCGUGGUGCAGAUCUCGGUGCUUUCCAUCCACCGGGACCCGGAGUACUAUCCGGAUCCGCUGCGGUUCGACCCGGACCGCUUCCUGCCAGAGGAGAAGGAGCGUCGCCAUCCGUGCGCCUACCUGCCGUUCGGCAGCGGGCCGCGCAACUGCCUCGCCAUGCGGUUCGCCCUGUUCGAGGCCAAGGUGGCGCUGGCAGAGCUGAUGAGGCAGAUGACGCUGAAGCCGACGGCCUGCACGCCGUCGCCACCCAUGCCGCUGGACAAGAUGGCGUUCCUCCUGACGCCAGCCGGUCGUAAGAUGCCGCUUAUUAGUGUCCCCAGGAGCAGCGCAAAGUGAAGCCUCAGUGAGGGUAACUGCAUGUAGGAUAUGGCAGGCUUCGUGAAAUGCUUCCGAAUGGGAACACAUGGCUUAUUCGCCAGAAAAGCCAUCUAUUGGCUUUGGUGGGGGAUGUUAGCACUUGGCGCAUGGCCACUUAGCUCACAGCCCACGGUAAGUGUUGCUCAGUGUGUGACAAGAUCUUCCAAAGUAAAGAAUAAGGCCUUUUAUGUUUGAUAACAGGCUUUGAUACCCAUAAAUAUGUAAUAAAUCAAUGCCUACGGAGACAUUAGUUAGGAGACAAUUAGGAGACAAUUAGUGCCUACGUUUUGUUGAUGCUCGAUCGCUGAUGAUAAUUUUGCUCAUAUACAUGUGGAUUCUCGAAAUAUAUAGUACCUAAACAUCUCUAUAUGGUGAGC